UAUAGUUCCAAAAUAAUUAUAGAAUUAAAGUAGUAUUUCUGAUGUGUGUUGAUAGAAGUAAGUAUUUUGCUACAAGUCUGGACGUCGGAUUUUUUAUCAUUACGACACCCUGGAUGGCAUAUUAUGUUGUCGCGAGCAUGCCAAUUUACUUUUGUAAGCAUGGCAAAACCCUGCCAUGUUUAUUUUUUUGCCAGGAUUUGCCAUGUUUGCUGAAAGAAAUGUGAUGCUCGAGACAACAUAAUUCCCAUCCUGAGCAUCAGAUUUAUCAUGCUUAGAAAUCGGAUAUCAGAUUUUUAACAUCCAUGUUGAUGAAGUGGAAUGUGUGCAAGCUUAGAGAAAUAGUAUAAAUGGCAUUUUCCAUGCACACUGAGAGAAAUAUGAAUGGUGAGAAUGAAGAUUUAAAAUACAUAUGAUUUAUUGUAUUUGGUUAUUAUAUAGUUAGAAACUAUUUACAUAAUGUAAGUAGUAUUUCUCAUGCAUGUUGAUCAAAAUAAAAUGGCAGAGUUGAUGAAGUGGGAUGUGCAUUUGAGCGAAAUAGUAUAAAUAGCAUUUCCCAUGGGCGUUGAUAGAAAUAGAAAUUGUGAGGAUGAUGAUGUCGCAUGUGUGGUGAGGUGGGAUGUGUGCAUGUUAAGAUAAAUAGAAGUACUCCCUCCGUAAACUAAUAUAAGAGCGUUUAGAUCACUAUUUUAGUAUUCUAAACGCUCUUAUAUUAGUUUACAGAGGGAGUAGUAUGGAUCAACUAUUUAAGUAUACAUAGAAUGUGUACAUAAAUGCACUUUUGUUGAAACAUGAACUUCGAGCAAUCUGUACCAUCUUAUUGUUUGUCCCUUGUAGUUUAAUUAAACUUCAUUGUUUUUUAAGAAACAUAUCUUCCGGCCAUAGCACUAGAUUCUCUUUAACUCCUUUUUAUGUGUGGAUGCAUUUCAUUAAUCAUCACAUAAUUUAAUAUAGUUACCUCAUUGUAAUUGAUGAUAUAUGGGAUGAAGUACUGUGGACAGUUAUCAAGUGUGCAUUCUCUAGUAAUAACAAUUUUGGCAGUCGGCUAAUCACGACAACUCGUAUAGUCAGUGUAUCUGAAUCAUGCUGCUCGUCUUCUAAUGAUUCAAUUUACACAAUGGAACCUCUUAGUGAUGAUGAUUCCAAAAGGCUGUUUUAUAAGCGGAUAUUUUCUCUAGAGAGUGGAUGUCCUCCUGAAUUUGAAGAAUUAUCUGGAGAGAUAUUGAAGAAAUGUGGUGGUGUUCCAUUAGCCAUCAUUACCAUAGCUAGCCUGUUGGCUAGUGGUCAGCAUGUAAAACCAAUGAAUGAGUGGCAUGUUUUGCUAGAGUCUAUUGGUCGUGGACUUACUGAAAACCGUAGUGCCAAGGAGAUGAUAAGGAUAUUAUCAUUUAGCUAUUAUGACCUGCCUUCGCAUAUGAAGACAUGCUUAUUAUAUCUAAGCAUGUUUCCAGAAGAUAGCAAGAUCAUCAAAGAUCAAUUGAUAUGGAUGUGGAUUGCUGAAAGCUUUGUCCAAUGUGAAAAAGAAAAUACCAAUCUCUUUGAGGUCGGAGAAACUUACUUCAAUGAGCUUGUGAACAGAAGCUUGAUCGAGCCGUUAUUUGAUAUUUAUGGCUCUAUACAUGCUUGUCGCAUACACGAUAGUGUACUUGAUCUAAUUUGUUCCUUGGCGAGUGAAGAGAACUUUGUUACUAUAGUGAGUGGUAUUAGUGAUACCAUUUCUUCGGAGGGCAUUGUCCGUAGAUGGUCCCUCCAAAAUGUUAGAAAAGAAGAAGGUCAAACCAGGCCUCUCAGGUCUAGGAGUAUAGGACAAGCAAGGUCUGUUGUUACAUUUGCACCUGCUAUUGAUAUAAUGCCACCAUUGUCAAGCUUUGUUGUUUUGCGUGUAUUAGAUUUGAAUUUGUAUGGAUAUGAUGGUACUAAGGAGGACCAUCUCAACCUUCAAGAGCUGGGGUGUUUACUUCACUUGAGGUACCUACGUCUAUCUGGACAUGGAAUUACUGAGUUGCCGAAAGAGAUUGGAAAGUUGAAGUUUUUGCAGGUGUUGAUUGUGCCUGGCUCUACAAGGCUGCCGUCGACUGUGAUUAAGCUCACAAGAUUGAUGUGCCUACGUACUAAUGAUGGGGGGUCUCAGCUUCCAGAUGGUGUUGAAAACCUGAGAUCAAUGGAAGUGUUGAAUAAGAUCAAGGUUGGCUCUGUAAGCAUUGUGCAAGAACUGGGCAGCAUGCACAGACUUAGGGAGCUGAAUAUUCAGUUUGAGAGCUCAGAGCCUCUGGAAGCUUUUGUGGAGUCACUAGGGAAAAUGCAAAAGAUCCAGCGUGUAGAAAUCAGUGCCAAGUGUAAGCAUGAAGUUUCAAUGGAUCUGUUGGGUGAAGGUUGGGUGCCCCCGGCAAGUCUUCGGGAGUUUUCCAUGGACAAAGGUGUCAGAUUAUCUACGCUGCCAGCAUGGAAUCCAUAUCAUCUGUCACAACUCUCCAAAUUAGAAAUAAAUGUAGGGGAUGUGCGACAGGAGGAUCUGGAAUUUCUUGAAAGGUUACCGGCUCUUCGGAAUCUCUGGUUAUUUAGCGACAACCAAAGGCCGCUAGUCGUUUGCGCCGAGGGGUUCCGUUGUUUGGAAAGGUUCACCUUCAUUUCCAAGUCACCGAGACAACUACUGUUCCAGCGUGGAGCUUUGCCCAAGGCCGAAGACGUUUAUGUCCUUAUCGGUUGGCGGGUGGCAAAAGAGGAAGCAGCUGGCAGCGGUGGCGAUUGGUUUGACGUUGGCAUGGAGAACCUUGCGUCCCUUCGGGAGGUCCAAGUCUGGUUCGACCGUUCAGGAGUGACGAUCGGGGAGGCCAAGCAAGCGGAGGCUGCGCUGGAGAAGGCCCAUCCUAACCGUCCCACCUUUUACAUCUUCUUCGACAAGUCCAUACCAGAAGAUGCUCGCGAUGAGGAUGUCUACACCAAGCGUGUUGACAGCAGCGAUCGACGAUGAAGAGUCGGAGUGAAGACCUGCAGUGUGCCAUUGUUUAUUGGAUAUGCACAUCUGCAAAACAUAUGCGUAUCGGCGGAUGCAGCAUCGACCAAAGACUCGUCACUCCUCCGUGAGCUUAUUUCUUGGCUCAACGAGAAAAAAAAGGAGAAAAGUAUAUGAAAAAAUUACAAAAAAAAAGUAUUCGCUCGCUAAUAGUAGUUGAGUUUCUUUCUAGGCUUAAGCAAAAAAAAUGGGGAGGGAGUAUUUAAAAAAACAAAAAAAUGCCUUUCGUAGUUUAAUGUGUGUGUGUUUUUUUUUCUCAUUCAAGAUCAACUUAUUUUCUCCAACAAAAAAAGAGUAAAUAUAUUUACUACUA